AUGGGUGCAAUGAAGUACUUCCUAGAAGGUUUGACGAAGUUCAAACAUUAUAUUCAACAAAGAUGAACAAAAUAUUUAGCGGUGGAUUAGUAUAUGAAUAUUCCCAAGAACCAAAUAAUUAUGGCUUGGUUAGCAUAUUGGAUAAUGGCGAUAUAAAAGUGCUACCUGAUUUUAUAGCAUUAAAAUCGCAAUUUGAAUCUCUCCCACCUAUCAACAAUGACCAAUUCAUACAGAAUACGCUCGGAAAUCUAAAGGGAAGCCAAAAAUCAUCAUUACCGAAAUGUAAGAAAACUUAUUCAAACUUGGAUAUAGCUAAAGCAGUUCCUAAAAUUGCAAAUAAUAUUAUGAGUUCUGACAUAGAUGUCGAAAGAGGUAAGUAUGUUGAACUUAAUGCAGAUGAUUUAAUAUCCAGUUACAAUAUCUUAAAUUAUAAAGGAGAACCCUAUGCUGUCGACGAUUCUAUGGAAAUAAUUUUUGAUCAUAUGUCAGGAGCAGAAAUAAUCAGGACUAAUAAGAAUGAUAAAAAGCGUAACUGUAAGUAUACCGUUUUAUCCUAUCUUGAAAAUAGAAUUGUCAUUUGA